AUGCGGACUGAUCAGGAGACCAGCACUUUCGACCGCCGGCUUCAAGAACUUCUAUCUCAAUGCAGAAACAUUGACGCCAGAGCUCUGACUCUAGAGUCAGCUGCAGCCUCUGCUUCAAUCCCCGAUGUUCUAUCACGAUACAUCGAGGCUCUGGAAAAGGGAGGCAAAGCCGCUGAAGCAGAAGCAUUGGAACAAGUUCGCGAGAAGGUCGUCGAUAGUACCAACUUUGGCGGUCUCGGGCUAAGCAGUAGGACUACUGAAGCCACGCCUGAACAGGUGUCUGAGAGCCUUUUCCUCGUCGAGGCAUGGCUUGACUCGGUGACCUCGGCAGAGAGGGCAAAAGGGUUCCUGUCUUACUUACCAGCUGCUGUGCCGGGCACAAAACCCAUGACAUUGGCUGAAAAGAUCUUUGCGCAGCAUGUCAUCGGUGACAAGCCAGCACACGGGCUUGUAGCAGGUGACGUGGUGAGAGUCGGCGUGGACUGGAUUCUGGCAUCUGAACUAUCCUGGGCGGGAAUGGACAGAACACACAAGGAAAUGGGAUCUCCUGGGAUCUGGCGAAAUGACCGCUUUUGGCUGGCGGGCGACCACGUCUACCACCCUGCCGUAUCAAAGAGUCCCAAGAUCCAACAGCUGCUCGAAGUGGCGGAGAAGGCGAAACAGGAAUUCAAAAUGACAGAGUACCAGGGCAUGAACUACACCAUCAUGCACACGGAAUUCGUGCGGGAACGAGUCGAGCCUGGAAUGCUCGCCAUCGGGUCCGACUCUCACACCUGCUCGGGCGGAGCAGUCGGUUCGUUGUCUCUCGGUCUAGGAACCGCGGACGUCAUGAUGGCACUGGCGCUCGGUGAGACGUGGUUCAAGAUCCCCGAGUCCAUUCUCAUCGAACUCGUCGGCGAGCCGGCCGUCGGCAUGUCUGGGAAAGACGUCAUCCUUCACAUCCUCGGAGAGCUGAAGCGCAACACGGUCGCCGCGGAACGGAUCGUCGAGUUCAGUGGAGAAGGGCUCAAGCAUCUGUCCUGCGACGCGCGGUUCGCCAUCUGCAACAUGUGCACCGAGUUCGGGGCCAUCACGGGCAUCUUCGUCCCUGACAGUAUCACCAGAGACUAUGUCGCCAAGAGGAGGCGGAGGGCGAACCGCCAGAACUCGCUCUACUUCAGACCCGACGCCAACGCAAGCUAUGCGAGCAAGUACACGAUAGAUUUGUCCCGGGUCGAGGCAUCGGUCGCAGUCUAUCCCAACCCAGACGACGUGGUCCCCGUGUCUGCAAAGGCCGGCCUUGAACUCGACGGUGUGUUUAUCGGCGCCUGCACGACCACGGAGGAGGAACUGGUUCUCGCUGCCCUGGUGUUGAAAGUCGGAUUGGCCAAACGACUGCCCAUCGCCAAGGGGAAACGUCAUUACGUCCCUGGCUCGUUACCUGUCGUGGAGAAACUUAGACAGUUGAACCUUUUGGAAGUCUACGAGGCGGCCGGAUUCACGCGAGGGCCUCCAGGAUGCUCGUUCUGCGUCGGUCUAUCCGCCGAGAAAGCCAGCGAGGGCGAAACGUGGCUGAGCUCGCAAAACCGCAAUUUCCAGAACCGCAUGGGUAAAGGGGCUUUCGGGCACGUCACGUCGGCCAUCGUAUGUGCGGCUUCGAGUUUCAGCAUGACGGUCACAAGCCCGGCGGAGUUUCUCAAGGAGAUAGACUUGGAGUUCUUUGGGAGAUAUAGUCCGUUGCACCAUAUCACAUACUCGUCCGUCGAUUAUGUGGAGCCCGACUUGACUCCUAGAAGCGACACGUUCACUCGGAAUGGUGUUGCAGCGACGACCACACACCUCGAGGCUGUGGAAGAGGGCAAAGGCAAGAAGAUGCACAAGAUCUCCAGCAAGAUCGUAACGCUGGGCGACUUUAUUGAUACCGACGCGUUGGCGCCUGGCCCGACGCUGACGACGUGCGUGACCGACGAAGAAUUCGGUGAACAUGUUCUCGAGUACACGCAUCCAGACUUCCGGGCCAAAGUGCGUGGUGGCCAGCAGAUAGUCGUUGCGGGACGUGCUUUCGGCGUGGGGUCGAGUCGCGAAGUUGCCGUGUCGGCUUUGAAAGGUGUUGGCGUCCAAGCUGUCGUCGCUCGCUCUUUUGCGUUCAUUUAUGGUCGAAAUCAACCUAGCCUUGGUCUUCUUGGUGUCACCAUAUCAGACGACGCAUUCUUCCAAGCUGCCCAAGAUGGCCAAGACAUCGCUUUGGAUAUCCCAAGCAGAACCGCAACGGUGGCUGGUCAGGCUUACCCAUUUGCUCUUUCCGAUAUGGAGUUUAACCUCACCGUCAACAACGGCAUGACCGACUCGUACAAGAAGUUUGGGAAGGCCAUCUGGGAGAAUUUCACGCAGAGCAAGACGGAACCCAAGUCCAUCUCGAGGGCCUUGCAGAAUGGCGAGGGCGAGAAGAAACACAUAAAGAUGGAUUGGUGA